UCUGACAGCGUCGCCGCAGCCAUGUUGGGGAGCCUGCUCUUGGCCGUCCUGUGGGGGGCCUCUCUGGGCGCCGACGUCAGCCCGGCUCUGGAUGGACACUGGGAGCUGUGGAAGAAGGCCCACGAUAAAGUUUACCGGCAUCAGGUGGAAGAGUCAGGUCGGCGGCGGAUCUGGGAAGAGAACCUGCUGAUGAUUAACCUCCACAACCUGGAGGCCACGCUGGGCCUGCACACCUACGAGCUGGCCAUGAACCACCUGGGAGACCUGACCAAGGAGGAGGUGAGCGGCACUCUUACCGGCACAGUGGUGCCCUCCGACCUGGACAGGAUCCAGCUCAACUUCAACUGGGAGCGAAGCGCGCCGCCGCCGCCGUCGCUAGACUGGAGGAAGCGCGGCAUGGUCACCCAAGUCAGAACGCAGGGUUCUUGCGGCUCCUGCUGGGCCUUCAGCGCGGUGGGGGCUCUGGAGGGCCAGCUGAAGAAGACGACGGGCGCGCUGACGUCACUCAGCCCCCAGAACCUGGUGGACUGCUCGCUGGACUUUGGCAAUCACGGCUGCCGCGGGGGCUUCAUGACCCACGCCUUCCGUUACGUCAACAAGAACGGAGGCAUCGACUCGGACCGGGCCUACCCCUACACGGCCAAGCGUGGCGAGUGCGCGUACAAGCCUGAGGACCGGGCCGCCAACUGCUCCGGUUACUCCUUCGUCCCGAAAGGCGACGAAGACGCGCUGAAGGUGGCCCUCGCUAAUGUCGGCCCCAUCUCGGUUGCCAUUGAUGCGUCCCGCUCCAAUUUCCACUUCUACCGCCAUGGUGUAUAUGAGGACCCGGCAUGUAGCCACAAAGUGAACCACGGCGUGCUAGCUGUGGGCUACGGCAAAGAAAAUGGAAAAGACUACUGGCUGGUCAAGAACAGCUGGGGUGUGAAAUUUGGUGACCAAGGUUACAUCAAGAUGGCUCGCAACAGACUGAACCAGUGUGGCAUCGCGCUCCACGCCUGCUUCCCAAUCAUGUGACCGCCACAUCCUGCACGCAGGACAGCCGUUCGUCUUACUUUUAACAAUGAUAAAUAAAGUGGAUUUGAACUUGAA